AUGACAACCAACGCCGGAAGCCCACGCCGUAGAAAGACGUUCCUUGACUUACCUGGAGAACUGCGUAACAAGAUUUACGAGCACUUCAUCGACCUGAGACCAUUGACCGGCGAUGCUGCUGGUGUCGCAUGUACCAAUCAGCAGAUCCACGCCGAGUUCCUAACGCUUUACCUACAACAGAUAUUCGGAGGUGGAGUCGUGGUUUCAUUUGACCAUGUCCAUGAGUUUCUCCACUCGUUCUUCGUCGCAUAUCCCGACUCGGCUCCUAAAGACGUCCCCUACAAGUUCGCGGUGGGACUUGCUGAACCUCAAACCGACGACGAAGGUGCGACACCUGGUUGGUCACUCGAUCUGCUCAAAGUUGUCUCGAUCAUGCGUCAUUACCCGCUCAUUAACGUUGUAUGGAAGUUGGUUGACAACUGCAAGGAGGCGGCGUUCCAGGACAUAGAGGUUGCGUACACCGUGGCUGCUCUGAAAGAAAUGAGUCUCAACCAAUUCGAACUGCUGGAAUCUGCACACCUCUGCCUGUACGACCUUGAGUGGUACAAGACGAUCCUGUUGGGAGAGAUCGAAGUAGAGGCUUGCCUGUCUCUCAUGUUGAAGAGGGGUGCUACUGAGCAAGACGUCAAGAGCCUUGAGGCCUCGAGAUUGCGUCAAGAAUGUGGAGGCAUCGAUGUGGAAGUCUACUGGGAAGGCAAUUCUUGGGGUGCGGUACGCGGAUUGUCAUACGAUGAACUACAGUGUUCAAAGAGUGAGGAGAAAGACUCAUAG